AGAGGUGACCCAGUGGCAGUGAGGCCUCCCCACCCCCGGAAGAUGUAGAAAAUUCCUUUGCUCAAGUUGCCAUCAGCCCCCCGUGCGUGAUGGGAAUAUCUGCAAACCCGAGGCGUCCCAGGCGCCCUCUGGGGCACCCUGCGCGAGCAGUGGCGGCUCCCACCCUGGAAAGUGGACUUGGAAGACUGAGAGCCAGCACCGGCGGGCCCAGGCUGUCCCUGCCAUCCAAGUAGGAAACAGUGGGUCUAGCCCCCAGCCCCGGAGGUCGUCCAUUUUGAAAAACUCUGAGCCGGAGGGGGUCGCAGCUGCUGCUCUCCCCAACCCAAGCAGCCGGGAGAAGCGAGCACUGAGGAGGCCGGGGCUCCCAGGAAAGCCAGGGCGCAUGCCCUGGGAGACGUCUGGUCACGGAGUGAACCGGCCGGCUUCCCAAGGGGCCUGACGUGCUAACUCCUGUCGCUCCUUGUGCUCAGCUUGACCCUCCUAGCGAAACGCUGAAGCUUCUGUUCCCAUUUGACAAGGUUCUCUGAUCAAAACUGGGCCCACGUCCUUAUAACAAAUGGCGUGUUCUGCACACCCAGGGCCCCCAGUCGCCUCGGGAAGGCCGGCCUGUGCCCGCAGAGACCACUAACGAGGUACAGAGAGGCCCUGCCGCUCCAGACAAAGACGUUCCGCGGGUGCCAGGGACGCAGACGGAAGUGUCUCUGCUGCUGGGAAGUGGAGCCAAGCCCGCGCCCCUCAUCAGCCAUGAGGAGUGCUGUCCUCCUCGUUGCCAUUCUCUCCUUUAUGAGCCGAGCCCCACCAGUAAGAAGUGGAUUGGCUUCUGCUGUAAACCACUGCAUCAAUUUGUCUGGCAUCUGCAGAAGAGACACCUGUAAAGUAAUAGAGGACAUAAUCGGUGGCUGCCAAAGACGGUGGAAAUGCUGUCGGAGGUGGUGGAUUCUCAUGCCCAUCCCAACACCAGUUAUCUACUCAGACUAUCAGGAGCCGCUUAAGGGCAGGAUGAAGUGAACUAGGAAAAGCUUCCAAAGGAAAAUUCUCACAUCUAAAAAUAGUGUAUACAAAUUGAAGACUUCCAGCUUUACUACCAAUUUCUAUUAU